GCAAAUGCUAUCAAUGCAAUGUGAAUAGCCAAGAAGAACUAUUGCAUUUGGCGCAAAUUUUGCGAUGUAAACAAAGUGAAGAGUAGUUUGUUAAAUUAAGAAAAAUCGAAGAACUAAGCAAUAAAUUCAAGAGUUUAUGAAAAAGAAACAUUGUCUGAUAAAAAAUAAGUAUCAAACAUUUCAAAAUGGAUCAAUAUCCCGAUGAAAAUGAAGAGUUUGAGUUACAAUAUCAGGAGGAGCUGGAAUUGAUGGAUGAAUUUGCUGAGCAAAAUGAUUUUGUUCCUGCUUUGCCAAACAAAACUAUUGUAAAUCCAGCGCCUAUCCUAUCUCAGGGCAGUUUGAACUCUCCUCAAUUGUCUCAAAUAAGUUUCAAUGCUGACGACUCACAUUUGUCUUCAUUGGGGGGUGGUGGGGGACCGGUUAACAGACGUCUAUUUGGUACACCCAAGCAGCCACCUACUCGUGGAGCCUCAACACCUUUUGUCAGUAAGCAAAAAAUGGCUCCCAUUCAAGAGGUGUUGGAUUUGAAUGGUCUGGACAAUGAAGACCUGGAUAUGGGACCAUCGACUGCCAACAGAGCUCUCGAGGAAUUGCAAAAGGCCAAUAACAAGCGCAAGCGGUUAGAAAGAGAUUUAUUUGGCGAUAUAGGCGAUUUGUUUGGUGAUGAUACCUAUGAAGAUCCAGAGGCCAAAAAAGCUCGUACUGAAGAGGAAAGAGAUUUGGAAGCCAUUGAAAAAAUCCUGGAGACGAGGCGCAAGUUACGUGAACAAAGUAAAGCUGUUAGACCAGACAGUUUGGCUCGAUUGGAAGCUCUACAUGCCUUUAAAAUGCGUAAUCUAUCUUAUAAUAUACCACAGUGGCCGUUUUUGCCUUUGCGACGGAGUGAUGAUGAACGUGUUUAUGUGCGCUUCCAUUCAGAGGAAUACGAGACAAAGGCCAUCAAUGAAAUACAUGCAGCCUCUGGACUUGGUGGUCUUCUAGGAGAGCAUAAGGAGAAAAUCUGGGAAGAAGCUAAUGAGUUAGUUCUGAAAAGACUUAGCUCCAACAAAGAUGGCGCGAGUCAUGAACAUGCCCCCAUUGUUGUGGAACCUGUAUCGAACGAUGAUACACGCCUUUGGGUGGAAAAAUAUAAGCCCCGCAAAUACAUUGAUCUGUUGUCGGACGAAAUGACCAAUCGAUCAUUGUUGUAUUGGUUGAAAAUGUGGGACAAAGUUGUUUUUGGCAAAGAAUUUAAAGCAUUGCAGGCCAAUGCUGCGAAUAAUGGCGAGAUGAGUAACUUUAAUAAGCGUACUGGCAAAUUUGAGUCAAAUGGAGGUUGGCGUGCCCGCAAAACAAAACAAUUUUUAAAUACCAAUGUUGAUGAAAUGGGUAGGCCAAUACAAAAGGUGGCUUUGCUAUGUGGUCCUCCGGGUUUGGGUAAAACAACAUUGGCACACACCAUAGCUCGACAUGCUGGUUACAAUGUGAGAGAAGUAAAUGCAUCUGAUGAUCGUAGUCCAGAAGCCUUCAAGAUGGCCCUCGAAAACGGUACCCAAAUGUCUUCGGUAAUGAAUGAGAGCAAGAAACCGAAUUGUAUUAUACUGGAUGAAAUCGAUGGUGCACCACGUCAGUCAAUUGAAUUUCUGGUAAAAUUCGUAACCGACAGUGUGCCUGUUAAGGGCAAAGGCAAGGGUGCUGGUAAAGGGGCUCAUAAUAUUCUAAAGCGUCCUAUUAUUUGUAUUUGUAAUGAUAUUUAUGACCCUGCCUUAAGACCCUUGAGACAAAUAGCCUUUGUUGUUACCUUCCCACCAAUUGAUUCAUCCCGCCUUGCUGAACGUUUAGUGCAAGUGGCGCAAAAUGAAAGAAUGAAAACAGAUUUUGGUUCGCUUAUAGCGCUGGCGGAAAAAUCUGGCAAUGAUGUCCGCUGUUGCAUUUCAACAAUGCAAUUCUUUAAUGCCCAAAAGAAGGGUUUGACCCUUCAGGAUGUGCUCAACAAUAACUUGGGACAAAAAGACCGACAUCAAGGCCUGUUUGAAGUGUGGGGUGCAAUAUUUAGGAUUCAAAGGCCGAAGAAGCAGUUGACCCAAGCCAAAGGUGAUGAAGAGGCUCAAGUCACCAUGACAGAUAUGUCAAUGAGUACCCGUGUGCGGCAUGUUCUGGAUGUGGUACAUUCGGGCGGUGAUUAUGAACGGCUAAUGCAAGGUGUUUAUGAAAACUAUUUGCAACAAAAAAUGCCCGAUCCAAAUCUAAAUGGAAUUGUCGAGGCUAACCAAUGGUUUUGUUUCUCCGAUACACUGCAACGACAAAUACAUCAGCAGCAGAAUUAUACAGUAUAUCCCUAUCUGCAGUAUGGCUUUGUGAUAUGGCACAUGUUGUUUGCCUCAUUGGCUUGGCCUAAAAUAAAUUUCCCCAGCAAAUCGUUUGAGUUUAAUCAAAAGCAAACCACACAGAAAAACAUUUUCCAAUCUUUGAGAAAAUCCCUAACAUGUGGUGCAAUUGGUGUGGGUCAGGGUCAUGUUGUGUUGCUGGAGACGGUGCCACUUCUCAAGAAAAUAUUAUCACCACAACUGAGAUCGGUGGCUGUACAAUUGUUGUCUCAAAAAGAACAAAGUGACUUAAAACAUUGUGUGGAAAUUAUGGCAGAUUUUGGUAUUACAUAUCAUCAAGUGAAAUCGGCCGAAGGCCCUUAUAUUUUCCGUAUGGAACCAGAUUUAGAUGCACUGGCUCAAUUCCCUGGUUAUACCGGUGUCACCCUCUCCUAUUUUGGUCGACAACUAGUAGCACGUGAAGUUGAAUUGGAACGUAUACAUCGUUCGACACCCAAGGCUAUAGAGCAAAAUGACAAAUCUCACACCCGAACGGAUAAGAAACCUCAAGAACGCAAACCUUCAGCCAAACCCAAUACCAAUGCAACUUCACCCACAAAUUUACCCAAUCACUUGCAACGUUUAAAACCAAAACGAAUUGAAAGUUCAAAGGCAGCUAGCGAAACGGUCUCUAAGGAUUUCUUUGGACGCAUACAACGUAAAACACCAGCACAAAAAUUGGCGGAGGAACCUAAAUCUGAUCCAAUUGUCAAGAGUCCCAUUUGGUAUCGUUACAAGGAGGGUUUCAACAAUGCCGUACGCAAGGAUAUUCACAUGAACGAAUUGUUGUAAAAUGUUGUAAACAAACAAUUCGCAACUGUGGCUAUUUUAGUUUUGUUAAGUUUUUUUUUAAAUCACUUUUAUUUUUUAUUGAUACGAAUAAAUAAUAAUACUAACAAUAAUUGUAAUGUUAAGGUAUUUCGUUUAAUGAAUAAAGUUUUGUUUAUUUAUUCUUUUUUAAUAUCUGAAA